CAACGCGAGAGGGAGACGUUAAAUGCUAACUCACGCUGCAACACCCCGCCAGAGCACGUUCCUGUCCCUCGGCCAGAUCGAUUGAAUUCAUAGCCUAGGCCUAGGCUUGAUUCGUAGAGACUAAGUUUGAAUUCACAUUUUUAAGAUGGCACUUGAAUCAGUUCUUCCACCUUCGCAGAAUUUUAAAAAUAUCUUUGCUAAUGAAAGUUUGGCGAAUGAUUGUAACUUUCUAGUGCCUGCUGUUGAGUCGCCUCAAGACUAUCUACAGUCUUUAGAAAAGAAUGACGAUGGAGUUAAGAUUCGAUUCCUUCAUGGUACAACAACACUGGCAUUCAAAUUUCAACAUGGCGUCAUAGUUGCCGUUGAUUCAAGAGCAACAGCUGGACCUUACAUUGCUUCUCAAACUGUAAAGAAAGUGAUAGAGAUAAACCCGUACCUGCUAGGGACAAUGGCAGGUGGAGCGGCAGAUUGCUCGUUCUGGGAGCGAUUCUUGGCUCAGCAAUGCAGACUUUAUGAGCUGAGAAAUAAAGAGAAAAUUUCAGUUGCAGCAGCAUCUAAACUUUUGACAAACAUGGUACUCAACUACAAAGGAAUGGGUUUAUCAAUGGGUACAAUGAUUUGUGGCUGGGAUAAACGAGGACCUGGUCUGUAUUACGUGGACAGUGAUGGUACCAGGCUUCAAAAUAACAUGUUUUCUGUUGGUUCCGGUUCACCUUACGCAUACGGAGUCCUUGACAGCGGCUACAGGGAGGAUUUAUCAGUAGACGAAGCAUACGAUCUAGCUAAAAGAUCCAUCUACCACGCUACACACAGAGACGCCUACAGUGGGGGUGUUGUUAAUUUGUAUCAUAUGAAGGAAACUGGAUGGAUCAAGGUGUCACAGUCUGAUGUCACCGAACUGCACUACCAAUAUCAAGAGGAAAAGAAAUGCUGAUCUUUGUAGCAUUCCAGUAAUAACAUUUGCUAUUUUCAGCUUGAUUUAGUGCAAAAUACUAGCUACCUGUAUAUGAGUACAUUUACAAUAAACAGAGAUAUCACAAAGUAAUUGAGAACUGUGAUGUCACAGAGCCUGGCUGGUCCCAAUCAAAGGAGUGUAGAUACUGUAUAUGCAUUAAAGCUUUGGCCACACUAUCAAAUUUGAUGUCACAAAUUUGUCUGAUGUGCCCAUAUUUGGGCAUGAUCAUCAUAUUCUUACAUACAGUAUACAGGUAUGAAGCUUUCGGAGAGUUGCUAGCAUUCAUUCUCUUGUGCCUAUAUUUGGGCAUAAUGAUGUCAUAUUAUACCCAAAUAUGGGCAUUUCACAUUUUUUGGUCACAUAAAAUUUGAUAGUGUGGACAGAGCUUUAAGCCCUGUCCAGACUAUCAAAUUUUAUUUGACAAAAACAUG